UCAAAAUUCAGUAAACAUUUUAGGUUAUAUAUCGAUGCAAGUGAUGUUGGAAUGGGAUGGAUGAUAGCUCAGGACGAUGACGAAGGAAAUGGGAAACCAAUUUUAUAUGAUUCAAAGAAAUUUGACAAGUUCCAAAAGAAUUAUUCAACAGCAGAUAGAGAAUUU